GUCGCGGAGCAGCUCAUGCCGGCGAUGACCAAGUCCGCGUUCGCGGAGAAGGGCGUCGUCACCCCCGAGGAGUUCAUCGUCGCGGGCGAUUUCCUCUGCCCGACGUGGUCGUGGCAGGGCGGCGACGAGAAGCACGCGCGGUCGCACCUCCCGCGCGACAAGCAGUUCCUCGUCACGCGGAACGUCCCGUGCGCGAUGCGCGCGGCGGCGAUGGAGGAGUACGCGGGGAAGGAGGUGCACCUGGACGGCGACGACGAAGGGUGGGUCGCCGCGGGGGAGAGCGGCGGGGGGGAGGACGCGUCGAGAGACGACGACGACGCGGACGCCGCGGCGAAAGCGAAAGCCGGAGGAUCCGCCGCCGCCGCGAAGAGAGACGACGACGACGACAGCGACGGGGACAUCCCCGACAUGGACGACUUCGUCGACCUCGGCGCGGAGGAGGAGGAAGACGACGCGUCCGCGGCGGCGCCGCGUCGUGGAAUCGCGGAUUCGGACGCGGAACUUUUCUCCGCCGCGGGCGCGACGACGGCGGCGACGAAAAAUCCCGCGGACAACAUCCUCAAGACGCGAACGUACGACCUCAGCAUCACGUACGAUAAGUACUACCAAACCCCGCGGGUGUGGCUCAGCGGGUACGACGAGCACCGAUCCGUGCUCCCGCCGAAGAAGACGCUGGAGGACGUCAGCGCGGAGCACGCGAAGAAGACGGUGACGAUAGAUCCGCACCCGCACACGGGCGCGCCCGCGGCGUCGAUUCACCCGUGUAAACACGCGCCGGUGAUGAAAAAGCUGAUGGACGCGACGGCGCGCGCGGGAGGGGGGACGCCCAAGGUGGAGCACUACCUGCUCGUGUUCUUGAAGUUCAUCGCGAGCGUGGUGCCGACGAUCGAGUACGACUACACGCUCUCGAUUUGA